CGGAAGUUUUAAUAUACAACGCGCCACGACACACAAACACACAUAUGCCAGUGACACAGCAGUCGAUAACGAAGGAUGCUAGUACAGCCCUCGACCUCCUCUUCGUCUCUACCGUUGGGCUCUCGCUACGACGCUCUGCCAAACUUCUUCCACCACCUUUGUCGACCUUGGCAGGUUCUGACUUGGACUCUCGAGAAUGUCAGCGUCAACUGGCCGCGUUCGACGUGCGGCUGGCAGCAGCAGAAAUAGCAGCAGCAUCCUCCACCCAGCACCUACAACCAAACGACACCGCGUCGGCGUCCGUCCCCGUCACGGCGACACCCCUGCCUGCGGUCGCGUCGACAGCCUCGCUGGCAUCGUCGGCGUCCAAAGCAUCCGUGGGCGGAAGUAACAACAACAAUAAUGCAGACGGCAAGCAGCAGCUGGGCGGCGCGGCGUCGUCGAAAGGGUCGCUGCUGCCCCACUCCAAGAGUGACGCAUCGGUCGCCGAUUCCUCGAAAGGCAGUUCGUCCUCUCCUUCCGACGCCGACGACAACGACAGCCCCCACGUGUACCUGCGCUGUACCCUCCCCGAUCGCCACUCAGACAUUGACGCGUGUUCGCUGGAUUGGUGCGCCGAGCUGCACGACAUCGUGGUGGCCACCGAAUCGACAACCACCCCCUCCAUCGAUCGCGCGUUCGUGUGCAAGAUGGUGCACAACCUCCGCCUGACCAAGCUGGCGAUCAACCACAUCGACGCAGCAUUUGCCAGGGAUUGCAUGCACUUGGAGCGGUUGGAUAUAUGCGACAACGUGCUGAGAUCCCUUGACCACCUGCCGCCGAGCCUGCUCGAGGUCGACGCGUACCGGAACCAGCUGCAGACCGUCCAUUUGUCCUCCUCAUCCCCCACGCCCCAUCUCGUACAUGUUGGCCUUGGACUGAACAUGCUGACGUCACUGCCGACGCUGUCGCACCCCCACACAUUGCUGUCUCUGGAUCUGUCGUACAACCACGUCACAGAUUUCGCCCACGUCCUUUCGGGUCUCAACGUGUUUUCUGGUCUUCGCCAUGUCUUCUUCACGGGCAACCCCGUCGUACUUUGUCGAGGCUACCGCCACGCGCUCCUAGCUGGCCACCCCAACCUGUACGUGCUGGAUGACAUAACGGUCAGUGACAAGGAGAAGGACGUGCUGCUGCAAUCCCCUGCCAUCCUCGCCGACAACGGCGCCGACUUGACGGUGUACGUCACGGCAGUGGGGUUCCCCCUUCGGAAACCUCAAUCGGAUGCCACCGCGCCAUCCAUAACAUAUGAAGCGACGUUGGAUGUGUUGCCGGGGCAGUGGAGUGUUACCAUGAAGGAAGAAGGUAGCAUGAAGCAGCCGGACCAACCAUCGGUGGCGGCGGUGCCAGCCCCUGGCGGCGCGCUGAAUUUUGAAGCGACCAGAGUGCCUCUACCAGUAUCGUUGACGCUACGAGACAGUGUGAAAUUUCAUCCUGCGAGUGUGCGCAUCUACGAAGUCCUCCAACCUCCACCGUCGGCGCCACCGCCAGCUGGAGCCGCCACCACGACGGACGCCGAGCCUCGACCUCCAUUGCAGGAACUGCGUGUAUCGGUGAAUGUCGAUCUCGGAGGGUUCCUCAAGCCAUGUUCGUUGGAACAUCGAUUGGGCGAGCUGACUGUCGUCAAGUCGUUCCAGUGCAUUGCGUUGAAGAGCCAAACAAUUACCGUCGUGCCAGAUGUGAUGCCACCGCCGUCUACGAAAGGAGGAAGCGAUAAAGGCGGGCCACCGCCGGAACCACCUGUCACCCAAGACGUUGAGAUCACUGUCACGGUCAAGUUUGUCUUGAACGAGUCUGAACGCGUUCGACCAAGUCCAUCGCGCGAACAAGUUGGGUCCAAGUCCAAAGGACGCCAUUAACACGAAAGGAAGUUCGUGGCGCAUCUUGCAUCCAUCGCCGUCCGUAGCCUAGCUUGGUAGAUGAUGCCACAGGAGCCAGACGGCAUCCCAAUGGAUCAUCCCUUCCCCUUCUUCCGCUCUAUCGCAAAGAACUUCAUGAAUUCUGGCAAUAAGAAAUGGAUACCCC